UUCAAGCCGGCCAGAGUGAGUCUAGGGCCGGCAGACCAGCCCCGGAGCGCGUAAACCCGCACGCACGCGCCGCCCACUUCCAGCUUGCGAAUCCGGAGGCGACCAGUUCCAAUAAUGCCCCGGAUGGCUGCUAAUCCAGAGGAGGCAGCGGGGGAACCGGGUCCGGAGGAGAUGGAGGCUGGGCGACCGCGGCCGGUGCUGCGCUCGGUGAACUCGCGCGAGCCAUCUCAGGUCAUCUUCUGCAACCGCAGUCCGCGCGUCGUGCUACCUUUGUGGCUCAACUUUGACGGUGAGCCUCAGCCCUACCCGACCUUACCGCCGGGCACCGGCCGCCGCAUCCACAGCUACCGAGGUCAUCUUUGGCUCUUCAGGGAUGCGGGGACCCAAGAUGGACUUCUGGUUAACCAAACGGAACUGUUUGUACCACCCCUCAAUGUUGACGGACAGCCUAUUUUUGCCAACAUCACAUUGCCAGUGUAUACCCUGAAGGAGCGGUGCCUCCAGGUUGUGCGAAGCCUGGUCAAGCCUGAGAACUACAGAAGGCUGGACAUCGUCAGGUCGCUCUAUGAAGACUUGGAAGACCACCCAAACGUGCGGAAGGACAUACAGCGGCUGACGCAAGAGCACCUUGGGAAUCAGCACCUGGGAGAGGAGCUUGAAGGAGUCCACUGAGAUCACUGGUCCUGAGUUUCAGCCUCGAUGGUCUGAAGUUGAUCUACACGUAGGACAGCUCACAUUCUUUCGGUUUUAAAAUGGUUCAUUCUUGGAGUAAAAUAUCCAUCAUGUAAAGGAAAGUUAACUAACGUCACUGAGCUUUGUAGUGUUGAAGAUAAACAUGCAAAGUGCCUCGGAGUGGAGUCUGCCCUUUCUAGAGCACUCAGCAGGAGGAGGUGUUUCCAGUGUUGCUUCCUGGUAAUGCUGGAAGUUCAGUAUAAGGAUGUUUGUGUAAGCUCUUCAGCAGGGGUUGCACAGUGUCCUUUAAUUUGAAGAAUGCUGCCGCAUUUGAACGGAGGCCUCCCUGCCUUGCUUUGGGAGGGCUGAGAAGGCCCUCCCGCUGGGAUGACAUCCUGUGGAGGCCCAGUUGCUGGUGUGUGUGGCACUUUCAGUGGUGAAUGUUGGGUACUUGGUGAGAGAGUUGGGAGGCCUGGCUCUUUGUGGAAAGCCUUAAGUGUGCACAAGAAGGAACAGCUUAGCAGCUUCUGUUUAGAAAGAACUUUUUCUGAUUUUCCAUGUCUCAGCACUUUCUACUUUGUUUUUUAUCUUAUUUUGGAGACUUGUGUAGCCCAGGCCAGCCUUAGUCUCUCUGAUCCACUGGGCGUGUCCCCUGCCCCUGCAUCAUCGGGAGCACAUGUGUGCACCACAGCCUGCUCUGUUCUUGCUUUUCUCAUUAUAGCCCUGCCUGGCCUGCAGCUGGAGUCAGCCCUGCCUCCCGACUGGCAGGCAGCGUGCUGUGUAGGCUGUGUGGACUUUCCAUGCUCGCUGCCACAGACAGCAGAGUGAGCCAUCCUCGUGUUUAAGUCUGGCUUUGAUGAGAGCUGCCUUUGAGGAAGCUGCUGGCAGGAGCAGGGCUUUCUGUUCCUCCUGUCAGCCCGAGCGUUCAGCUUUACCUUGACAGGCCCUGGUUCCACUUUUGUGGAGAAGGGAGCGAAGGCCCACUCAGCCACGCACUCCAACACUGGACCAUACACACAGCGUCUGGACCGUGCACAGUAGCUUUAUGGAUGGUCACAGCUUUCCUUCCAUACACAUGUUCACCACUUCUAUCAAACAUUUUGUAAAACAUAAUUUUUUAUAUUUGUUUUUAAUUCCCUUAGCAGAGAAAAACUAGAGAAGCCUGGGUAUUGUGUCACACACAGCUUCAUGUAACUCUUGUAACUGGGUGUUCUCUGGAGGGUGCAUUUUAAUUGGUUGUCAUAGCCGAGGUCACAAGGUAUAUACAGUUUUGUUUUGUAUCCUGAUUUUUCACUGAACUUCACCGUUUUUUUUGUUUGUUUUCCCUUUUCUUGUUUUUUUCUGUUGUUUGUUUGGUUUGGUUUUUGUUUUUUGUUUUAUUGAAACAGAGUUUCUCUGUAGCCCAGGCUGUCCUGGACCGCCUGGGCUACAGAGAGAUCUGUCUGCUUCUGUAUCUUCAGUGCUGGGAUUGUAGUAUGCCUAAUGUUCAUCUAACUUCGUAAGUUGCCUUUUCCAUGUUACUACACACACUGUGUAAAUACCAGUGUGCUAGCCUCUUCCCUUGAGGGUGACUGUUGGGAGGAUUUGUCUGAGUCCUGGGCUCCUGGAGUGUAGUCUGAUGCUCUAAGAUCAGCAGAAUGACUGAACUAAAUCCUGGCACAUCCCACUGGCCUCUCAGUGUCUCUCCUUAGUCUGCAGCAUUCCGUGGGUGAAGUGGCCUCAGGCCAGUGUGGAAGACCUGUGUGUGGGAAGCCAGCAGGUGCCGACUUAUCACAACAUUGGUUUUAUUUUCUUAAACCUAUCUCUGUCUCUAAAAGAUGUAAUGUUUGUAUUAUUCAACUGGAAGUUUGAAUACUGUUCUCUGUGCUGUUCAAAAAGUGGAGACUUAUGACAUGAGUCACUUGUCCUGGGACGUCCUGUAAUGUGUUCCUCAGACUGUUUUCUCCUUUUGAAUUUUCUGGAAAAAACUGACCUUUUUAGUACAAUAAAUGGUGCUAAAGUAAAGGAA